CUAGGACUGGGAGGCUUUCAGGCCAGCGGUUGCUUGAAAAGCGCUGCAGCGGCUAGGCCCGGGGCAGGCAAUGGCAGGGGUCGUGUGAUCACAGACAGUGAGAGGGCCAUUGCUAUCAUGCCCGGGCGCGCGGGCGCCGCUCGGUUCUGCUUGCUGACCGCAGCCCUCCAGCUACACUGGCCGCUGGGAUGGACAAAUGGAAGCAAAGAAGGCGGGCCCCAGCCACAGCAUGAACUCAUAAUACCUCAGUGGCGGACUUCAGAAAACCCCAGGAGAGGAAAGCAUCCACUCACAGCGGAGCUCAGGGUCACGGCGGAAGGGCAAGAACUGAUCCUGGACCUGGAGAAGAACGAACACCUUUUUGCUCCAGCCUACACAGAAACCUGCUACACUGCAAAUGGCAACCCUCAAACCACUACCUUGAAGUCCAAGGAUCACUGCUUUUACCACGGGACCGUGAGGGAAGCAGAAGAAUCCAGCGUCACGCUCAGCACCUGCCGGGGAAUUAGAGGACUGGUUAUAGUGAGAAGUAACCUCAGCUACAUCAUCGAGCCUGUCCCUGGCAACGACAGCCAACACCGUAUUUACAGAUCUGAACAUCUCAAGCUGCCCCCUGGGAACUGUGGGUUCGAGCACUCCGAGCCCACCGCCAAGGACUGGGCCCUUCAGUUUACACAGCAGACCAAAAAGCAACCUCGCAGAAUGAAACGGGAAGACUUACAGUCUAUGAAGUACGUGGAGCUGUACCUGGUGGCUGAUUACUCAGAGUUUCAGAAGAAUCGGCGUGACCAGGAUGCCACCAAACACAAGCUCAUGGAGAUCGCCAACUAUGUCGAUAAGUUUUACCGAUCCUUAAACAUCCGGAUUGCUCUCGUGGGCUUGGAGGUGUGGACGCACGGGGAUAAGUGUGAAGUCUCCGAGAACCCGUACUCUACCCUCUGGUCCUUUCUUAGCUGGAGGCGCAAGCUGCUUGCCCAGAAGAGCCACGACAAUGCGCAGCUCAUCACGGGCAGGUCCUUUCAAGGUACUACCAUUGGCCUGGCCCCACUCAUGGCCAUGUGCUCUGUGUACCAGUCUGGAGGUGUUAGCAUGGACCACUCCGAGAAUGCCAUUGGCGUGGCUUCCACGGUGGCCCAUGAGAUUGGCCACAACUUUGGCAUGAGCCAUGAUUCUGCACAUUGCUGUUCUGCCAGCGCAGCCGAUGGCGGGUGCAUCAUGGCUGCUGCCACUGGGCACCCUUUCCCCAAAGUCUUCAGCUGGUGCAACAGGAGGGAGCUGGACAGGUACCUGCAGUCAGGAGGCGGGAUGUGUCUCUCGAACAUGCCAGACACUCGGACCCUGUACGGAGGCCGGCGGUGUGGCAAUGGGUACCUGGAAGAUGGCGAAGAGUGCGACUGUGGGGAGGAGGAGGAAUGUAAAAACCCUUGCUGCAAUGCCUCCAACUGCACUCUGAAGGAAGGGGCCGAGUGUGCCCAUGGGUCCUGCUGUCACCAGUGUAAGCUGGUGGCUCCUGGAACCCCGUGUCGCGAGCAGGCGCGGCAGUGUGACCUCCCCGAGUUCUGCACUGGCAAGUCUCCCCACUGCCCCACCAACUUCUACCAGAUGGACGGCACCCCCUGCGAGGGCGGCCAGGCCUACUGCUACAAUGGCAUGUGCCUUACUUACCAGGAGCAGUGCCAGCAGCUUUGGGGACCUGGAGCCCGGCCUGCCCUUGAUCUCUGCUUUGAGCGGGUGAAUGCAGCUGGAGACACCUAUGGAAACUGUGGCAAGGGCUUGAAUGGCAAAUACAGGAAGUGCAGCCCCAGGGAUGCCAAGUGCGGGAAGAUCCAGUGUCAGAGCACCCAGGCCCGGCCCCUGGAAUCCAACGCCGUAUCGAUUGACACCACCAUCACUUUGAAUGGGAGGCGGAUCCACUGUCGGGGCACCCAUGUCUACCGGGGUCCUGAGGAGGAGGAAGGGGAAGGUGACAUGCUGGACCCAGGCCUGGUGAUGACUGGGACCAAGUGUGGUCACAACCACAUUUGCUUCGAAGGACAGUGCAGGAACACCUCCUUCUUUGAGACCGAAGGCUGCGGGAAAAAGUGCAAUGGUCACGGGGUCUGCAACAACAACAAGAAUUGUCACUGCUUCGCUGGCUGGGCUCCACCGUUCUGUAACACCCCAGGAGAUGGCGGUAGCAUUGACAGUGGUCCUUUGCCCCCCAAGAGUGUGGGCCCUGUGAUAGCCGGGGUGUUUUCGGCCUUCUUUAUGCUGGCUGUCCUCGUGUUGCUAUGCCACUGCUAUAGACAGAGCCACAAACUGGGCAAGCCCUCGGCCCUCCCUUUCAAGCUACGGCAGCAGUUCAGUUGUCCCUUCAGGGUGUCUCAGAGUGGUGGAACUGGCCAUGCCAACCCAACUUUCAAGUUGCAGACACCCCAGGGCAAGCGAAAGGUGGCCAACACCCCUGAAACUCUCCGAAAGCCCUCCCAUCCUCCUCCCCGGCCCCCUCCAGACUACUUGAGUGUUGAACCCUCACCUGUACCAUUGCCAGUACACCUGAACCAGGCUGCCAGGAGCUCCCCGGAAACUAGGGCUCAGGUAGAAAGAAAGGAGUCCACCAGGAGGCCUCCCCCAAGCCGGCCCAUGCCCCCUGCACCUAACUGCCUCCUGUCCCAGGACUUCUCUAGGCCUCGGCCACCCCAGAAGGCACUCCCAGCAAACCCUGUGCCAGGCCACAGGACAGUUCCCAGGCCAGGAGGUGGCUCCCUGCUGCAGCCACCUACUGCCGGUCCUCAGCCUCCCCGGCCUCCCACAAUAUCUGUUCCAAAGCUUCCUGAAUACAGAUCACAGAGGGCUGGAGGAACAACCAGCUCCAAGAUCUAGAACUGUAUAGAAGUUUCUUGUUUCCCUUGAAGACUCUGGAUGCCAUGGAAGAUCCAGAAAAAAGAAGUCUGCUCGGCCACCUUGAAGCUUCUCCAGCCUUCUGGAGCCCCCCUCAUCUCCAGAAUCUCCCUUCUCGCCCCAGUGCCUCCUAUUUCCUCUGAGGCCCAGAAGGACUUCUAUCUGAUGGCUUCUAAGUAUUGUCCUGUGCAAUAUACAGCCCUGGCAGGAAAGGGAGGCUGAUGGAAGAAGACGGGGAAGAUUCUCCCUCAGCCCCCUAGCCAAGAGCUACCAAUGACAGUCAGGGAAGGUCUCAAGCUGGAGAUCCCUCCUUCUGUGCCCAGCUUGGAGAAGGAAUCUACGCAGGUCCCAUGCUGGCAAGUACACAGGAGAACUUCUGUUGAUUGGCCUUCUUCUGGGAUCCAGGUUAGAGAGAGGCUGGGCCUUGCCUGUCUCUUAGCUUUCAGGGACUGAGGAAGCCGCUGCUGCAUCCCUGCCCCAGGGCUUGGUCAAGGUGCCUGUUCCUGGUCAAAUGACUGCAUGCGUCAAGCCAUGCUCCCCCGCUGCUCCUCACCUCCCCGCUCCCAUAUUUACACGGGUCACUCUCUGACUCAGACAGGUACUAUUUGUAGGCAGCGUCGACAGCAGUGGGGAGUGGUCAGCCUGUGUCCCCUCUGAGCCGUGAUGCCAAAGGUUGUUAGGACUCUCAGAAUUCUCAACUGCCCAUCCCCAUUGUUUCGUGUGUCCCCUCCUCCUCUUCCAACCUCCCUAUCCUAUGGUGCUUUGAUGGUGAAACCACAGCAGCCCUGACUUGCUGGUGACCAUAUGCUGAUGACCGACAAAUCAGGAUCCUGCCUCACGGGGUAAGCACUGGACUUUCCUGCACUGGAUCUCACGAGCAUUGAGUUGAGUGAGGCUUGGGUGAAGGAGAAAGAAAGAGGAGCAGAGAGAGAGAACAUGCCAGCUCUGCAUGUAAUUGUGGGUUUGGGCCUCAAGCAGGAAAAGGGUCCUCCCCCUAUUUCUGACCUAUAUCCUAGGUGAUAUUUUUUGAGGUAGUCACAGGUAUACUGAGGGGACAAGCAUGUUUGAAAUCCCAGUUAUGAGGAAAGUAUACACAGGGGCACUAGCCCCUCCCUCGUGGUCAGCUCUGAGGUGGGUCUGUUGACUCUAAAGAGAUAGCUGAUCUCUUUGGAAGCUGCCAGCAGCCACAGUAAACCAGAUCUGGGCAGGGGGCCCCCAACCCUCCUCAGCCAGGGUCUUAUCACGCACUUCCAUUGGUUCUCUCUUAAUUACUGCCUAUAUGUGAUCCUCAUGAAAAGAGCUCAGGAGGGCGUCUUGGUGCUGUGCUAGUUAGGGCAGUCCCUCCAUAGUUGCUGGGCUUGGCCUCUGAGAGGCCAUCUUCCAUCACCCAAAAGGUGCUGGGAUAGCACUCCAGAAGGUCCUCUAGGGGCCUUCCCACCACCACAGCGAGCAGUUACUAGCUCUUAGAAGCCUCCCUGAGGAGGAGACAAGCUUCUGACUCCCAUUCAUAGAAAACUUCCUGAUUGCUCUUCACAGAGGAAACUCUCAACUCGAGCUCUUGGGGUUGUAGGCAGGUGGGAGAUGUGGGGUGCAUGGCCGAGGGUAGAAAGAUCUCAGGAAAACACCUUUCUCCUCAGGGUGACCAUGCGGUUCCCACUCCGACUCCCUGAGCCAUGAUGCAGAAGGUCGCACGGACCUAGGUCCAUUUCCUGCCAUCUGACAGUUUUCCUUACACGUGCUAUGUCAAAUGCCCAGUGACUACAGCUUGGGUCCUAAAAUCACCCUGCCGCUCACCACCAAGUUAGAAACACCAUUUCCCUUAAAUCCGACCCCGUACCUUCUAGACGUUCUUGUGGGCUGUGUGGCCUUUCUCCCUCAGCUCAGGAGGCAGGUGGCCCUGAGGGACAGUGCCACAGCAACAGCAUGAGCCUUCCGAACCUCGAGCCUUCGGUCCUUUGAACCGUACCAGAAAAAGACUCAUUUCCUUGCUCUUCGGUAAUCGUUUCCUUUUUUCCUUUGCCAUUUUCAUUGCUUUGAUGCCACCUCCAUUCCAUAAAAUUAUACUGUGAACAGGAAGAUGGCAGAAACUUGUUUAAUUUGGUAGAGGUGCUGGCAGCUACUCUGUUUACAACUUCAUGCCCACCUCUGUUAUCCAAAGGUUAGGAAGGCUGCCACAGGUAGGGGCCCCUUCCUUUCCUUCUGCACCAUGAAGUGUCCCAUACAGAUACAUCUAGACUUCAGUGUCUGUCCCAAAGGGUUGUUUGCCACUCAGGAGAGGAAAGAGACUAUUACCACAGAGAGAGAGAGAGGAGGGGAUGAUUGCGAGAGAACACUUCGGUCAACCUACCCCAAGUCUGGGCAUCCAAGGCUGAAAAAAACAUUUUCUUGUGCAUAGAAAGAAAAAUUUAGGCUGGGCGGUGGUGGCGCAUGCCUUUAAUCCCAGCACUUGGGAGGCAGAGGCAGGCGGAUCUCUGUGAGU